UUAUCAGUGUAUAGGUACGCUUUGCUAGAAUUGUUAUGGUUAAAGCAUAUAAGCUUCUCCUUUUGACCCAUCUAAUACAUAUAUGCAUAUAAAUAAUGUAGUUUAAUUAGAAACAAUGAAAAUGAUAGAUUCUGUUUUCUUUGUAUAUAUUUUAGCGCAUGUGUCAGAAGUUAAACCUGUUAAAUCUGUUUUGGAAGUAACUCAUGGUAGCACUGUUAAUAUGAAGUGGAACAUAACGUUAAGUAAAAACCAAGUUAUAACAGGAUUUAGUUUGGUGGUGCUACCAGACGUUGGAAACCCAGUAGUAUCUGGCAAUGUUAACUCUCAAAUGGUACAAGAAAAAGGAAGGGAAUUAUUUGGUAACAGACUUUCUGCGACGUUUAACAAAACUGCUGGUUUAUACAUCGCAACAUUGGGAAAUAUCCAAGAUAACGAAACGUACGCCUUUAGAUUGAUGACAACAUUUUCACUUUCAGAUCAGUUGGAAGGGAACAUAAUUGAAAUACGAAAUAUCACAGCUCCUCCAAAACCAUUUCCAAAGCCUAAAGACAAGAAGAAACGUUCAGUUGGUGAAAUUGUUGGAUAUGCUUGCAUCCCAGUUAGCUUUAUCAUCGUUCUCGCAAUAUUGAUAUAUGUACGACACAGGUGUAAUUCCGACAACUAUGACAGAUUUUAAACAAAAAAUUUAAGAACAUUCUUA